GACGUCAUAGUAAGCUGCUCCCUGAUACGUCAAACAGGGUGGCUCUAGAGACGGGCAGUAAGGGCAGCCAAUGAAAACUAUAUGCGGCGACAGGCGAGCCAAUGGAGGUGCUCGUCCUUGUGGGUCUUUGGUGGGUGCAGUGGGCGUUUGCAGGACUGGAUAAUGGUUGGUUUUGUGCGCGAGCGCACAGAGUGUGUGUCACUACGGAGUUACGAGUUAAGUCGCGCUGUAAAAGUGCAGGGAGAGGAUUAAAUAGAUCUUUAACAAUAAACGGUGUAGAAUAACUGAGCUGGGGAAGUCUUUCCAUUGUUGUAGUACAUAUAAGGAGCUGGAUAACGUUAGUCUGGUGCGUGUUGGCCAAUUCAUGCGUUUGAUUAGUCAAUACAAUAUCCUAGUAUUUGCUUGCUGGAGUGGAGUGUGUUGUGCAGAAAAGCAGAAGUGACGGGAGUAGGUGCUGCACCCUUCUAGCGGAGUAAACAACUGGCAAAGCACACCACGUUUCUCAGUGAAUCGGACUAAAAAUCCCCAGUGACUGGGAAGUCUCUUGAGUUCCAGCACUUCGGGCUAACUAAACGUUAGAUACGCCACGUGACGUUUGGUAGAACGGCUGUCGAGUCUCUAUAUAAUGAUAAAUUGUCCAGCAGUUGUGUGCUUUUCGGUGCUGUUGUUGGCUGCGUUCAGUUAUUAGUUUCACUGCGACUGUUACUAUACGAUCUGGAUCUCGUAGGCCGGUAUGUCGAUUUCCCUGACUCGCAGGACGGAUAUGCACGCGUGCUGGGCGUAGCGAGUUACUUCAACUUCAAGCCCUUUGAUCGAUUAAAUUAAACUUGGGCCGCUUGGUCAGCACGAGAGGGGAGCUGUGUGGUUAGACAUGUUUGUGUGCGUCCACCGCCGUCUGAACCGGGAAAUAGGUGCGCACGGCGUUCGGGUGCGGAGCCACCGCUGCCUUGGUGUCGAGGCUCCGGGAAGGGGCCCGGGCGAUGCGGUCAGACAGAAGGCCCUGGACUGGCUCGGUCGCCGCGUGGCCUCGAUGCUCUCUUGGCUCCACAAAGCGGGACUCGGCGCCAGACAAGGCGCCCCCGACAAGAGGCGGAAAAGCAUGGUGUCCAUCCUCGCGAACCAGUGCAGCUUCGUGACGGGCCAGAGGGUCCGGCGCGCGUGGCAGAUGGGCGAGCUGUACUCGAGCCUGUACUCCGAGCGCUCUCGGUGGAGCCUCGCGAGCGCCCUGUGGCGCCGCUUCCAGAGCAGGCACGCGGGCGCGGGGAAGCUCGUGGCGGCGCUGGCCGGAGUUUUCAUGUGGGAGGAGGAGAAGAUUCGAGAAGAGGAGCUCAGGCGGUCGGCUAGUGAGUUGCAGGCAAUGGAAGGGAUGAAAAGCCAGAACUUGUCCAGAGUGGUCCCCGGCAACGUGGACGCGGGCUGGGAGAUCGUCAUGGAGAAGAAGAACUUCUGGCUGUGGAGGCGACCCAUUCUCAACAGCCAUCUUUACGAAUACAGAGUGUUGGGGACAUACACAGACAUCACCCCCAGGCAGUUCUUCAAUGUACAGCUGGACACAGAGUACAGAAAGAAGUGGGAUUCCUUGGUGAUCAAACUCGAUGUGGUGGACAGGGAUGUCAGCACAGGGUCGGAGGUCGUAUACUGGGCCACACACUUCCCUUAUCCUAUGUACUCCAGGGACUAUGUGUAUGUACGCCGCUAUGAUGUGGAUUUAGAAAACAACCUUAUGGUCCUGGUUUCAAGGGCUGUGGAACACCCCUAUGUCCCAGAGACAACUGAUUUUGUUAGAGUCCGCUCCUACCAGUCCCGAAUGGUCAUUCGCCCCCACAAGUCCUUUGAUGAGAAUGGCUUUGAUUACCUGCUAACCUACUGCGAUGACCCCCAGACUGCCUUCCCACGGUACUGCGUCAGCUGGAUGGUGUCUAGCGGAAUGCCAGACUUUCUGGAGAAGCUUCACGCCGCUGCCCUGCGGGCCCGAAACCAGGAGGUGGGGAUACGUGAUUACGCAGGUGUUAAGACUAAGGAGCGCCUCACUGGGGAUGCUGCUCACACAGGGGCUCCAGGCCAGAUGGAGUAUGCAUGAAGACAUGGAGGAUGAAAGAAUGGCAGAGCCCCUCACACCACCCAGUCACAAGAACGUGUUUUUUGAAUGAGGAGAUGGGGUUCUGGCAGAGAAGGGUGGAUAUUAUGUAACUCUGCUUGAACACAGUAUGACUGGUCUGAGACCUGAAAAGAAAAGUGUUACAGCCACUAUGUUUGAAAUGCUGUCUUUGGAUCAUUUAAAAACAGACUCGAUAGAUGCUUUGGGACACUAUGUGCAUGGAGUAAGUUUCUGCCAUUUCCUGGCUGUUGUAUUACCCUUGUAAGGCAAAAGAAAAGAUGUCAAGUCUGUGCUCCCAGUUUCAAGUGUAACAUGGUUCUGAAGGCUUUAAAUAUACUUGUGUGUACUGUACAUUUAAA